AUGUUAUCAUUCUUUGGAGAGGAAACUGGAAACAGUACAAUGAGUAAUAUUGUAACGCGGAAGGGACCGAUAGGGGAAGACAGUAAGAAACACUCGGACAGUCCAGUGAAGGAAAUGAAAAAGAAAAUGGCGGCCAACGCUGAAAAAGAAAAACAGGCAGCUGAAAAGGAAAAAGUAGAGAAAUCAAAUACGACUGCAAAGCAAGCGGAAAAGGCGAACCAGAGCGACAAAGCAGAAAGAGCACAUAAGAAGGAUAAAUCUGCAGACAAAGCUGUAGAUAAAACGGAAACGAGAGACAAAUCGGUAGAAAAGGUGGGAGACAAGCAUAAACCUACAGAAAAAGUAGCAGAAAAGUCAGAUCAGAAAUCUACAGAAAAGAAUGUAGAAAAGGUAGAAAAGAAGGCGGAUAAAGGAGACAAGAAGGAGAAAGCGGAAAAGAAAGAAGGUCCGAUUGUACAAAUUGAAAAGACAAAAGAAGAAUCCAAGGAGAAUGGAAAGGCGGACACCCCGGACAAGCAGAAACGCGACUCGUCGAAGGCGAAGCAGAACGGCGCAAGAGUGAACGGCGGAGGAGAGCCGGACGGUCAAAGCACGGUGAGUUCGGAGGACGACGACGAGGACGAAGACCGACUGUUCCCCGAGCUCUCCUACGAGGACGAGGACGUUGAGCUCUUCGAGCCCCCCACGCCUGAGGGGCCCAGUCGCAGUUACACCAGGCGCUCGCAGGUGAAGGCGAGUCGCACGCCGGAGACCCCGCGACCGGCCUCGGACAAACAGACGGACAAGGAUUACGUGCCAGAGGAACCAAAGGAGUCUUUAAUCGUGAAAUUGAAAGAAGCCCCGUCAGAUCGCAAGCUGCGUUCGUCAAACUCCCCCAAACCUCAAGACAAGGCAGAAAAAGCACAAGACAAGAACGACGACAAGAAUACUGAAAGCUUCGAGAAAACGGAGAACGUCAACGAUGAGAGUAAGAUUGAAAAUAAACCGGAGUCGGAAGUCGCCAUAGAAGAGAAUGAAGAGGAGGCGCGCAAGCCGGACACCAACUACUCGAAGUCGCGAGUCAAGGUCUCCCCCUACAGGAGGAGUAUCCGCCUCGCGGACCAGACCGCCACCUCGCUGCAGGCCAACUACACGGGCAACAACACGACGAUGGAGAUGGACAUCACGGAGUCGUCCCUCACCUUCGAAGAGCCGUCCGGCGUCGAGAGCCCGUACCUGAGCGGUCUGCGCAACAUCCGCGGCCGGAGAUCCUACAAGCCCCUCAAGGAGAUGACGCUGCGUAACAUCGGCGUCAACACCAGCAUCAGGUCGACGCCUGGCGCCUCGAUUUCAGACACAUCGCGUCCGACCGGCACAGUGGUAGGACGCAAGCGCAAGCCCGAAGCGACGGAAACAAACGAGGAGGACUCGAACCGCGACUCGAACGAGUCUCGAGGCAAACGCGCCAAACUGCUCGAGCGCCUCGGGGGACUCGCCAGGCCGUUCCGCUUCUCGUCCGCUGCCUCGGAUCGGCUUUGUGUCGAGAGUACCGCUGAGAUCGUGGGCAUAAACACGGACUUGCCGCUGAGCGCGCCCGUCGCGGCCGCAGAUACGCUGGACCCGGAGUCGCUGAAGCACGCGACGCCAUUGCCCGCGCGUGCGCCUGCGCUGCCCGACGCCCACCGGGACAAGCGGUGCUCUAUUAUGUAA